CCAGAGCCUGCCACACUCUGACACAAGGCAUGGGCUGUGCGAGCGCUUCUUCCUUGCAUCAGUUCCGCUUCUCUAUAAACUUUGCCCUUUGGUUCCUAUUAAAAAAUGCUAAGCUCCCUGCGUGUAAGCAUGUGGUGACGUUUCAGACAGGAUCAAACUGUUCCUUAAGUAAGAGAAGAAAACCAAUUCUACUGCUUGGGCCGCAUCGGAAAAAUCGUGAAUAUCACCACUUUCUGAGCAUUUCUGGGAUUUGGUGUAACUCACAAGCUGGGAUGCCGUAUGGCACGUGACAAUUCCUUGGUAUUUGCUAAAAAAAUACUAAUAAAAAAGACAACAAAACGCCUGAGCUGCAGGUUUAUGAAAAGUGCAAUGGUGCAGUAAUGUCAGCGCAUCUGUUGAAUACCCUGUGACCUUCAUCUCCUCGCACACCCUGUAACUGCUGAAAAAUGACCUUGAGAGUCCUGCUUUCCCUCUCUAUCAUCCUUCCUCUGUUGAUGACCGUCUGUGUCUCCAAUCAUACAAACCUUCAAGGAGUCGCCAUUGUAAGAGUGAAAACAGUGGACAGUGUUGAAAAGUGUGCGGGAGCCUGUAAUGAAACAAUGGAAACCGGUAACAGAACAUGCAACUGGUCAGUGUUUAAUAAUGCAACAAGCCUGUGCAUCUAUUUACACUGUUCCAAUCUAUCCAUAUGUUACAAUCUAACUGCUGAAGAUGUAAGCUCAGCAACCAACACAACAAGCCAGGCAUCCCUAACAAAUGGAUCGUCCCAAACAAACUCCCCCAGCCUCAACACCACAGCUUUUACAAAUGAAGGGGGCCAUUCAUCUCCACCACCCCAGAACGCGACUACAGCAACAUACUCCACUGAGCCUUCUGCAGCCAGCUCUACCUCGCCAAACCCACCUCCCACUACUAAUGCAGUACCAAGCACAACCCCAAACACGACCCUAAAUGAGACACUAGUGGAACCCACUUCAUCAACAGGCAUGUCAUUCCCUGCAACCCUGGCUGUGAUCCCUUCAUCCGCAACACCGAUGCAGCAGGAAAGUACAUCUGCUGCUCUGCAUGCUGUAGAUACAACCAUUGUAAGUGAAACCACCAGUAGUGCAAUCCCAACCACUACUGCUGAAGCAACUACACAGCAGGCAGCCCAAACCACACAGGAAUAUACUUCUACACUCAACAAGAAGCCACCACCCCCUUCAACAGCGGCCUUGAACCCACCAACAACUACGGAGAGGGCAGCAACUGCAACUCCACUAAAAUAUGUGUCAAAAAGCCCCCCGGAUAAAACCACUUUGGCAGAUAGCAGUGUUUUGAUUGCCGUGGGCCCUCUCACAAUGCAGUUGGUGGAUACCAGCUCCCUGUUAGCUGUGUUUUUCUUUGGACUGUUGUGUUUCCUGCUCACCAUCAUAUUGUUUGUCUCCCUAGCCUACGAGAGCUAUAAGAAGAAGGACUAUACGCAGGUGGACUAUUUAAUUAAUGGAAUGUAUGCAGAUUCUGGAGUGUGACGAUAUUGGGUACUGAAAUUCUUUUAAAUUCUUUUUUUUUUUUUUUUUCACUUGUUGAAAGGUUUUUGAAAAGUUUUUUUUUUCUGUUUUUCCUUCAUCAGUGCUUCCAGACUACCUUUUGACUCGGCAGAGCAGUUAAUUGCCUUUUUGGAUUUUUCAUGUAUUUAUUGUGCCAACCUGCUCUCUUGCUGAUAAAGCCAUAGGAAUGUGUUUUAUUUCUUUAUUUUGUUUUUGGCAUUCCGUUUGUUGAAAUUGAGGUUGUACGCUAACCAAUGCACAAAGCAUCCUUAUGAACAUGUUUGCUUAAAGCCAUUUAGAAGAAUAGAGGAUGACACCGAGCAAUUUAGUGCAUUCCUUGAACAAUGAAACAGUGUUUAGAAGGGUGUGAAUACCUAUAAUGUGCCAACUAACAUCUGUUUAAUUUCUGUACUGGGUUUUGCAAUAAAACAAAAAUAGUAUAAUAUUCUCUGUGUUUCAUUCAUGUAUUAAUCAAUACAUUUACAUAGACUUAAUUAGAGGAAAACAUGAUCAGAAAAUGCUGACAUUUAUAUUUUGUCAGUAAUGUUGUUUUUCAUCGGUAUUUGAAUAUUUUGAGGGCAGCCUUUCACAUCCAGUCAAGUAGUAAUUAA